CAACUGAACCAGUGCACAGAAUUAAUACCCCCUUUUCAUUUUCACUCACAGGUUCCGGGGAUUAAAGAAAGCCUAUUUAGGUGUGUGCGACAGGUUUUCUGAUCAACUGUGAACUUCCAAGUCUACUUAAGAAGUUUAUCAGCCAAUAAGAAGCCUAUCGGCUAAUUAACUUCUACACCGCCAGCAUCAAGCUCUUGGUUUUAGACUCUUUGUAAGGGUUUGAAGAAAACAAAAUCCACGAGGUGUGAAGGGUUCGAGUCACGGCAGCGAGGCGCUGUUUGCAGAAACGAGAAAGCAAAUGCCAUCACCAUUAACCAGGACUUCGAAAGGGGGAAAGUAAAUGUCACUGCUAUCAAUCGGGGUUUAAGCUUCUGAUCGGAAAGAUGUGGAGCGGUGGGGGAGCAGUGGGAGCGGGAAGCUCUCACAUGGCGCCGCCCGGGACAACACCGUCGAUGCCACCGCCUAACGGAAUGCCGCAGCCGCCUUAUGGCCCGCCUCUGAAUGCUGCCGAUGCGGAGGCCAUGCUCGAAGAGAAGGCCCGCAAGUGGAUGCAGCUCAACUCCAAGAGAUAUGGCGAUAAGCGGAAGUUUGGUUUUGUGGAGACGCAAAAGGAGGACAUGCCACCAGAGCAUGUCCGUAAAAUUAUCAGAGAUCAUGGAGAUAUGUCUUCAAAGAAAUAUCGACAUGAUAAACGUGUUUAUCUUGGAGCACUUAAAUUUGUUCCUCAUGCAGUGUACAAGCUUCUUGAAAACAUGCCUAUGCCCUGGGAGCAGGUCCGAGAUGUGAAGGUGUUAUAUCAUAUUACUGGGGCUAUUACAUUUGUUAAUGAAAUACCCUGGGUUGUUGAACCAAUAUUCAUGGCUCAGUGGGGUACAAUGUGGAUCAUGAUGCGGAGAGAGAAAAGAGAUAGGCGGCAUUUUAAAAGAAUGCGCUUUCCACCAUUUGAUGAUGAGGAACCACCUUUAGAUUAUGCAGACAAUUUGUUAGAUGUGGAUCCUUUGGAACCUAUCCAGCUGGAACUAGAUGAGGAAGAAGAUUCUGCUGUAUGUACAUGGUUCUAUGAUCAUAAGCCCCUGGUGAAAACAAAACUUAUCAAUGGUCCUAGUUAUAGAAGGUGGCAGUUGUCACUUCCAAUCAUGGCAACUUUGCACCGACUUGCAGGGCAGCUGCUUUCCGAUUUGAUUGAUAAAAAUUAUUUCUAUCUUUUUGAUAUGGAAUCAUUUUUCACUGCAAAAGCAUUGAACAUGUGUAUACCAGGUGGUCCAAAGUUUGAGCCUUUGUACCGAGAUAUGGAGAAAGGUGAUGAGGACUGGAAUGAGUUUAAUGAUAUCAAUAAGCUUAUUAUCCGCUCUCCACUUCGGACAGAGUAUAGAAUAGCAUUUCCUCAUCUCUACAACAACAGGCCAAGGAAAGUGAAGCUUUGUGUAUAUCAUACUCCGAUGGUCAUGUACAUAAAGACAGAAGAUCCCGAUUUACCAGCCUUUUAUUUUGAUCCUUUGAUCCAUCCAAUUUCCUUUCAUAGGACCGAUCGUCGGGAUAAGAAAACUUAUGAAGAAGAGGAUGAUGAUGACUUCUUUCUUCCAGAAGCUGUUGAACCAUUGUUGUAUAAUACACCACUUUAUACAGAUACAACAGCUGCAGGCAUCUCAUUAUUAUUUGCUCCACGACCUUUCAAUAUGCGAUCAGGUCGGACACGACGAGCUGAGGACAUCCCUCUUGUUUCUGAUUGGUAUAAGGAGCACUGUCCGCCCACAUAUCCAGUGAAGGUUCGAGUGAGCUAUCAAAAGCUGUUGAAAUGUUAUGUAUUGAAUGAACUGCACCAUAGGCCACCAAAAGCUCAGAAAAAGAAGUACUUGUUCCGUUCUCUCCAAGCUACUAAGUUUUUCCAGACAACUGAGUUGGACUGGGCAGAGGCAGGACUUCAGGUUUGCAGGCAGGGAUACAACAUGCUGAAUCUUCUUAUUCAUCGAAAGAACUUGAAUUAUCUUCAUUUAGAUUAUAAUUUCAAUCUGAAACCUGUGAAGACACUCACAACCAAAGAGCGUAAAAAAUCACGAUUUGGAAAUGCUUUUCACUUGUGUCGUGAGAUUCUGAGAUUAACAAAGCUUGUUGUGGAUGCCAAUAUACAAUUUCGGCUGGGAAAUGUAGAUGCUUUUCAGUUGGCAGAUGGAUUGCAGUAUACAUUUUCACAUGUAGGGCAGUUGACUGGUAUGUAUCGUUAUAAGUAUCGUCUCAUGCGGCAAAUCAGGAUGUGCAAGGAUUUAAAGCAUCUAAUUUACUAUCGCUUUAAUACUGGACCUGUUGGGAAGGGACCUGGUUGUGGUUUCUGGGCUCCAAUGUGGAGGGUGUGGUUGUUUUUCCUACGCGGUAUUGUGCCAUUGUUGGAAAGAUGGCUUGGGAACUUGCUUGCUCGACAGUUUGAAGGCCGUCAUUCAAAGGGAGUGGCAAAGACUGUGACUAAACAAAGGGUUGAAAGUCAUUUUGACUUGGAACUUAGAGCAGCUGUCAUGCAUGAUGUUCUUGAUGCAAUGCCAGAGGGUAUUAAACAGAACAAAGCACGCACUAUCUUGCAGCACCUGAGUGAAGCUUGGCGUUGUUGGAAGGCAAACAUCCCUUGGAAGGUACCGGGUUUGCCAGUGCCUAUUGAGAAUAUGAUUCUUCGUUAUGUUAAAUCUAAAGCAGAUUGGUGGACUAAUGUUGCACACUACAAUCGUGAACGUAUUCGGCGUGGUGCAACUGUGGACAAGACAGUUUGUCGUAAAAAUCUGGGAAGGCUCACACGUCUAUGGCUUAAAGCAGAGCAGGAACGACAACAUAAUUACUUGAAAGAUGGUCCAUACGUGACACCAGAGGAAGCUGUGGCUAUCUAUACCACUACAGUACAUUGGCUGGAAUCAAGAAAGUUUUCUCCUAUUCCUUUUCCACCGUUGUCAUAUAAGCAUGAUACUAAGCUUCUGAUACUGGCACUGGAGCGGUUGAAGGAGUCUUACAGUGUUGCAGUCAGACUAAAUCAGCAACAGAGAGAAGAGCUAGGUCUUAUUGAACAGGCAUAUGACAAUCCUCAUGAGGCAUUAUCACGUAUUAAACGUCAUCUGCUUACUCAACGCUCCUUUAAAGAAGUAGGAAUUGAGUUUAUGGACUUGUAUAGCUAUCUGAUUCCUGUUUAUGAAAUUGAACCUCUGGAGAAAAUUACAGAUGCAUAUCUUGAUCAGUAUCUCUGGUAUGAAGGGGACAAACGCCAUCUUUUUCCAAACUGGAUUAAACCUGCAGAUUCAGAGCCACCUCCUCUGUUGGUUUAUAAAUGGUGUCAAGGUAUAAAUAAUUUACAGGAUAUAUGGGAUACUAGUGAAGGCCAAUGUGUUGUGAUGCUACAGACAAAAUUUGAGAAGUUCUUUGAAAAGAUAGAUCUGACAAUGUUGAACAGGCUUUUACGUUUGGUGCUCGAUCAUAAUAUUGCUGAUUAUGUCACUGCAAAGAACAAUGUGGUUUUAUCAUACAAAGAUAUGAGCCAUACAAAUUCAUAUGGCUUAAUACGAGGCCUUCAGUUUGCAUCAUUUGUUGUGCAAUAUUAUGGUCUUGUUUUGGAUCUCCUGGUUCUUGGUUUGACUCGGGCAAGUGAAAUAGCUGGUUCCCCACAGAUGCCGAAUGAAUUCAUUACUUUUUGGGAUACAAAAGUGGAGACGAGACAUCCAAUAAGACUAUAUUCUCGAUAUAUUGACAAAGUGCACAUGCUUUUUAGAUUCACUCAUGAAGAAGCAAGGGAUCUUAUCCAGCGCUACCUUACAGAACAUCCAGAUCCAAAUAAUGAAAACAUGGUAGGUUAUAACAAUAAGAAGUGCUGGCCUAGAGAUGCUCGAAUGAGGCUGAUGAAACAUGAUGUUAAUCUUGGAAGGAGUGUUUUUUGGGAUAUAAAGAACAGACUUCCUCGUAGUAUCACAACAUUAGAGUGGGAGAACAGUUUUGUUUCUGUGUACAGCAAGGACAAUCCUAAUUUGCUUUUCAGCAUGUGUGGAUUUGAAGUUCGCAUAUUGCCUAAGAUAAGAAUGACUCAAGAAGCAUUCAGCAACUUGAAGGAUGGAGUCUGGAAUCUGCAAAAUGAACAGACUAAAGAGCGCACUGCUGUUGCUUUCUUGCGUGUUGAUGAUGAACACAUGAAGGUGUUUGAGAAUCGUGUUAGGCAGAUCCUCAUGUCAUCAGGAUCAACAACUUUCACAAAAAUUGUAAACAAGUGGAAUACUGCACUUAUAGGGCUUAUGACAUACUUCCGUGAAGCAACUGUGCAUACACAAGAACUUCUUGAUCUCCUAGUCAAAUGUGAAAAUAAAAUUCAAACUCGCAUUAAAAUUGGUUUGAACUCCAAGAUGCCUAGCAGGUUUCCUCCUGUCAUCUUCUAUACACCCAAGGAAAUUGGAGGACUGGGAAUGUUAUCUAUGGGACACAUUUUGAUUCCACAAAGUGACUUGCGUUAUAGCCAACAGACAGAUGUUGGUGUAACACAUUUCCGUAGUGGUAUGAGCCAUGAAGAAGAUCAACUUAUUCCUAAUCUAUAUCGAUACAUACAGCCCUGGGAGAGUGAGUUCAUAGAUUCUCAACGUGUCUGGGCAGAAUAUGCUUUAAAAAGGCAAGAGGCACAGGCUCAGAAUAGGCGUUUAACACUUGAGGAUCUUGAGGACUCAUGGGAUAGAGGUAUUCCUCGUAUUAAUACUCUCUUUCAGAAAGAUCGGCAUACACUAGCAUAUGAUAAAGGAUGGAGGGUACGGACAGAUUUUAAACAGUAUCAGGUUUUGAAGCAAAAUCCAUUUUGGUGGACUCAUCAGCGACAUGAUGGGAAGCUGUGGAAUUUGAAUAAUUAUCGAACAGAUGUUAUUCAGGCACUUGGAGGAGUUGAAGGCAUUCUGGAGCAUACUCUCUUCAAGGGAACUUACUUUCCAACAUGGGAAGGUUUGUUUUGGGAAAAAGCAUCUGGUUUUGAGGAGUCUAUGAAGUAUAAAAAGCUGACAAAUGCACAAAGAUCAGGGCUGAAUCAAAUUCCUAAUAGAAGAUUUACUCUCUGGUGGUCUCCUACCAUAAAUCGUGCCAAUGUUUAUGUGGGUUUCCAAGUGCAGCUAGAUUUGACUGGAAUUUUUAUGCAUGGAAAAAUUCCAACGCUGAAAAUAUCAUUGAUACAGAUAUUUAGAGCUCAUUUGUGGCAGAAGGUACAUGAAAGUGUUGUUAUGGAUCUCUGUCAGGUCCUUGACCAAGAGUUGGAUGCUUUGGAAAUUGAGACUGUCCAAAAGGAAACUAUACAUCCUCGGAAAAGUUAUAAGAUGAACAGCUCUUGUGCUGAUAUUCUUCUCUUUGCGGCUUAUAAAUGGCCAAUGUGUAAACCCAGCCUUGUUGCAGAGGCAAAGGAUGUUUUUGAUCAGAAGGCAAGUAAUAAGUAUUGGAUUGAUGUGCAACUUCGUUGGGGUGAUUAUGAUUCCCAUGACAUAGAGAGAUAUACAAGAGCCAAGUUUUUGGAUUACACAACAGACAACAUGUCAAUCUAUCCAUCACCUACUGGUGUUAUGAUUGCCAUUGAUCUUGCCUACAAUCUACACUCUGCAUUUGGUAAUUGGUUUCCGGGUUCGAAGCCUCUUCUAGCCCAAGCUAUGAAUAAAAUAAUGAAGUCAAAUCCUGCACUGUAUGUAUUAAGGGAGCGCAUAAGAAAAGGUCUACAGCUUUAUUCUUCUGAGCCCACAGAACCAUACUUAUCUUCUCAAAAUUAUGGAGAAAUUUUCAGCAACCAAAUCAUAUGGUUUGUGGAUGAUACAAAUGUAUAUCGUGUCACUAUCCAUAAAACUUUUGAAGGAAAUCUUACAACAAAGCCUAUCAAUGGGGCAAUUUUUAUAUUCAACCCAAGGACAGGGCAACUAUUUUUGAAGGUCAUCCAUACUAGUGUGUGGGCAGGGCAGAAGCGGCUUGGUCAGCUAGCAAAAUGGAAGACAGCUGAAGAAGUAGCUGCAUUGGUAAGGUCAUUACCUGUUGAGGAGCAACCAAAACAGAUUAUUGUUACGCGUAAGGGAAUGCUUGACCCCUUGGAAGUUCAUUUACUUGACUUUCCCAAUAUUGUCAUCAAAGGCAGUGAGCUUCAGUUGCCAUUCCAAGCAUGCUUAAAAAUUGAAAAGUUUGGCGAUCUAAUUCUGAAGGCUACUGAGCCCCAAAUGGUUCUCUUCAACAUAUAUGAUGAUUGGUUAAAGACUAUCUCUUCAUAUACAGCAUUUUCUCGCUUAAUAUUGAUACUUCGUGCCCUUCACGUGAAUAAUGAGAAAGCAAAGAUGUUGUUGAAACCUGAUAAGACAGUUGUUACCGAGCCACAUCACAUUUGGCCAAACCUUUCUGAUGAUCAAUGGAUGAAGGUGGAAGUAGCUUUGAGAGACCUGAUCCUGUCUGACUAUGCUAAGAAGAAUAAUGUUAAUACAUCUGCAUUAACUCAAUCAGAAAUUAGGGAUAUUAUACUUGGAGCUGAAAUAACACCACCUUCUCAACAAAGGCAACAGAUUGCAGAAAUUGAAAAGCAGGCAAAGGAGGCAAGCCAACUCACUGCUGUUACAACUAGAACUACAAAUGUGCAUGGUGACGAGUUGAUUGUUACAACCACAAGUCCAUAUGAGCAGGCUGCUUUUGGUUCUAAAACAGAUUGGAGAGUUAGGGCUAUAUCUGCAACAAACCUCUAUCUUAGAGUCAAUCAUAUCUAUGUGAACUCAGAUGAUAUCAAGGAAACUGGUUAUACAUACAUCAUUCCCAAGAACAUACUGAAGAAAUUCAUUUGCAUAGCAGACCUUAGAACCCAGAUUUCAGGCUAUCUCUAUGGUGUAAGUCCUCCAGACAAUCCACAGGUGAAGGAAAUUCGUUGCAUAUCUAUGCCUCCACAGUGGGGCACACAUCAACAAGUUCAUUUGCCCUUGGCUUUGCCUGAGCAUGAUUUUCUGAAUGAUCUAGAACCUUUAGGAUGGAUGCAUACACAACCAAAUGAACUUCCUCAGUUAUCACCUCAGGACUUAACAUGUCAUGCUCGAAUCCUAGAAAACAAUAAGCAAUGGGAUGGAGAAAAAUGCAUAAUUCUUACAUGCAGCUUCACUCCUGGCUCUUGCUCCUUAACUGCAUACAAACUCACACCAACAGGAUAUGAAUGGGGACGGCUUAACAAAGACACUGGAAGCAAUCCACAUGGAUAUCUACCCACUCAUUAUGAAAAAGUACAAAUGCUUCUAAGUGAUCGCUUCCUCGGCUUUUAUAUGGUUCCAGACAAUGGUCCAUGGAAUUACAAUUUCAUGGGUGUCAAGCAUACGGUGAGUAUGAAGUAUGGAGUUAAGCUGGGAACUCCUCGAGACUUUUACCAUGAGGAUCAUCGACCCACACACUUUCUGGAGUUCUGCAAUCUUGAGGAGGGGGAGCAUGCAGAGGGCGAUACUGAAGAUGUGUUCAAUUAGAUGUUCAUUUGUGUGGUAGACAAUGGACAUGUAACACUUAACCAAUUUGCAUGCGUCACUUGUAGAAAGUCUAUUAGUGCGGCACAAAUAUAUUUAAAUUGUGGAAGUUCUAAUCCCAUAGCUGGUCCUCUGGAAAACAUCAUUUUUGUCUAGACAGGUCAUCUUUAAUGCAUUUUUCCGCUUUGUAUUAUAUAUCCAAGUGCUGACUGAAUACUAUAGUUACUUUUUUUUGAUACCAUGUCAUUGAGCAGCUUAGAGAUUCUCUAAACAAACAAACAAAGAAAGAUGUGACAAUUAUGUACUUUUAAGUUCAAGAAUGCUAAGUUCAGGCAUGGUCUUGAGAUCAAUUUGAAAGCACUAAUCGAAGGCAAUUUCAGAAGUCUUUUAAUAUGCACUUCAAUUGUAAAUUCAUUUUGAGCAGUAUAUCUUGUCCGCAAGAAUUAGAAUGUGUAAAGCCAUAUUAUUGGAGUUAAGAUUUUAGGGUGCUUUGCUUGCGUA